AGUAAAUUAAAACAUUUACUUUUACGUUUAGUUUGGAACUUCCGAACUUUAUUGAAAAUAAAACAAUGUCUAAACGUUUUUACCCCCAGAAUUAUGGUGAAAGAAAAAAGGCUAAACUAGAUAUAACUGUGUCUGACCACAAUUUUCCACUCAGUCAAAAUUCGACUUCGAAUAAGGCGACAAUCCAGUCCGACGCCUGGGGUGACGAUAAUGAUGAUGAUCUCCUUCUCUUGGCAAGCCAAGCAUGUGAGGACGCUUACAAUGAGCAGAAUGAUAGUAUCUUACCUGAUUAUACUUUGUGUAUGCAGCCUGGUUCAUCUAGCACACAAUUUGAGUACCCUGAACCAAGUACUUCUAAAGCUCCAUUUUCCUUUAAAAAGCCAACAUCAAGUCCAUACAGUACAAUAUCAACCAAUUUAAGGAAUAAAUGUGAACGAAUAUCCUCCCCACUGCCAGGACUGACAAAUAAAGUUAACAAAGAGCAUGUUAAUGUUAGUGAAGACUUUAUUAUAAAUGAUAAGAUAUUUAAAGGCCAGGACUCAGGCCAAUUUUAUAAGCAACUUUUGCAAUUGCAAGAAGAAAAUGCUAAAUUAAAAUCUGAAAAUGGAAAGUUAUUAGAAAAAUGUGUAACUAAAGAAGGUGAGGCAUCCAUACUCCGAACACAGCUUAAAACAUGUCAGUUAUCUGUGGAUAAUGCUCGUCUUGAGAAGAUUAAGACUCAAGAAAAAGCUCAAAUGGAAUGGAUGGAUAAGCUAGGAACUGCCAACAAGCAGAUACAUGAUUUAAGAACGCAGCUUGAUUUUAAGAAUUUGGAAAUAAUUAGCAUAAAAGAGAAGUGUAAGAUGUUAGAAUCAUCUAAAAUUAAGCUGACACAAGUUACGGUCGGACCAAAUGAUACAUCAUAUAGUCAUAAACAGAAUAGUUACAUAGAAAGAGAGUCAACCCAAGUGAAAAGGACAAAGAGUACGAGCAGUGCGCAGACCGACCAAUCACAAUUUCUGAGGUUAAAUAAAUUGACAAGAAACGAAAUAUCAAAUCUAAAACAAUUCCUUCCUUUAAUAAUGGAAUCUACUAGUGACCAGCAUUCCAUACUGGAAUAUAAUGAAAAAUUAAGAAAAGUGGAUACAUCGGUUAACAAGUGCCGGGUUUUUAGUACAUUUCAUCGACUACCCUCCACGCCAAAUGCGGGUAGACGCAAAAAAAGAUUUUGUAUAACAAAUGUGUAUGAAGAUCUCACUUGUAUAGCUAGUGGGCACGAGAGAGACAGAUAUAAUAAUUUCCUGAAAAUAUUGAAGGAUGUGUUAAACGAAGUGUAUAGCGAUGUGAGCACAAUAGCUCAGCGGUUAACGACUGCCUUUCAAAGAGAGAUGGACGAAAAGUACAUUGAAUCAACGAAUAAAUAUGUUCCUGCUGAAUUUGAGGAUCUUAUUAGUGGCAGGGUCCUGUAUAAGGAGGAGCAAGGCAUUUUAGCGAGACGAAUGCUUGCAAUAAUGUCGAUAUUGCAAAAUUUACCGAACGAGAAUGAAUUAAAUGAAUUUAUGGAUAUAUUUUAUAAAAUAUGCGCUCUUCUGGAUACUACGUCUUCUGGAUUAUUAUACAGCGGGUUCUUAAUAUCCCUCAUACAUUUAUUAUUAACUCUUUUACCUUUAUACAUAUCUCAAAUUAGAGAUAUUAUACGUAACAUUAUAAUAUCCAGACCUCGGCCGAUGGUAUCCUGUUCGGCUCUACCGCUAUUGGUAAAACUUUGUAGGGAAGAAACAAAUUCGAAAGAAAAAGGAAAAAGUUUAUUAUGUGACGGUAGUUCGGGAAAUUUGAGGGUAGAUUUCGAUCAAGGUGUACUUUUGUAUAGGAAAGAUUCGUGCCUUCUCCAAGUUCUACUUAAGCAAGUGGAGACGGCACUCAAAUGUAUGGAGACAGAUCGCUUGGUUCCUCAAGCUUUGGCAGUCGCAAGAAACCUGCUACUGUUACAUACGAGUUUGACAAUCACAGAUAGUACUAGAUGCGAGUGUAGACUCGUCCUAUUGCAAGUAAUCGUUUAUGCUCUAUGGAUAUGCGCACACGCGAUCAAAAAUGUUCCCGCCUCAUUAACACAGGGUGUUCUAGCAACGUGUCGCAGUGGUCUGGAGUUGAUUUACCACUGCGUGACCAUGGACGUGGAGUUCAUAUCUCAGUUGGAUUAUCACGAAGGGCAUUUGAUACAGCUGUGCGAGAUUAUCAGACAAUAUGAACAUAGCGAGAUUUUUGGUUCUAUGCUAUCAGAGAUAUCGACAACAUUCCAAGCAUCACCCGAAGAUGAGACCCCAGCAUUCACCAAACAGCCCUGGCUAAAUAGUUUUCAGACUUUCUCCAUCACAGAUUAGUCAGUUCCUAGGAUUCUUUCAAAGUAUCCUGUUCAGGCUUCUCAAACAAGCAAUUUAUUUUUUAAAAUAAAUAUAAAAUAUGUUACUUUGGGAGAUGGCACUCUAAUGGAAGAAAAUGAAAUUGGCCUAUCUUAUUCGUUACAAACAUACAAACAUACUUGUUAGUAUUGAUACAAACCACCGAUUGUUAUAUAGAUUAAUAAAACCUUAUUUAAUAAUUGUUAAGCAAUGACCGUAUAUUAAGCAUGUAUUGUAAAUAUUCUUAAAUAUAAUUUAUUUUUGAAAUGUCUUUUAUUAAGUAUGAAAAAAUCUCAAAAACUGUUUUGGUAGCAAUUUUUAAUGCAGUUUUAUAAGUACAGUAGUACAAUACAUUGGUUUUAACUAUAAUAAUCAUUGAUUGAAAUUUUUAUCAUAUACAUGGGUCAAUCAACUUUUAAGUGUACAUCAAUGAUAAAUUUUAUUUUUAUAAUUUUAUUUGAAUUUUUUUUAUAUUUUAACAUUUUUCUUUAGAUAAUUAUUUAUAUUUUAAGAAUUUACAUAGAGCAGAACGAUUUAUUUAAAUAAAAUAGUAAAUUUGACUCCGAAAUAGUCCCUUGGACAACUAACUAAAUAGACUUCUGAACCAUUUGAAAUUCAGUAUAAUUGUGAAUCGUCACUUUAUUCUCACUUAAUAUAGGAUGGAUUUCAAUUUGUCUUCCAUAAAUAACAAACGUGACUUUAUUAUUGAAAGGAAAAGUAUUGCUCUAUGCUGAUUCUAUCAUUAAAUGUCCUAUGGGCAACCAAAAUGUCCCACGGACAACGGUUUUGGUUGUCUAAGUGACUGGUUGUCCGAGUGACAUUUAUCAGUCUUUGCGCUUUCUGAUAAUAAAUAAUGAUAUUUUGAAUUACGUCUUACGCACAGUGAAAAAUAUAAAUAAAAUAUAAUAUAUAUUUCACUUUUAUUUACUAUGAUAUAUCAAAUAACGUUUUUGUGCUGGUUGUCCGGUAGACACACAAAAAAGCCACGCACUUUUUCAAAACGCGCGCGACCGACUGACACCGCGGCAA